AUGACCAGAGAAAGAAUAUUUGAGAAUAUUUCAAUAAAUAAAAUGAAUUACAAAUUUUGCNUAAAACUUCAGGUAAUGAAAAAGAAGAUAAGGAAGAUUUGCAAGUAUUUUGCUAUUUAUACAAUCAAGAAAAUAUUUUCCAGAUAUAAGAUUAAUUACACUGAUGCUUUGGUUGAAGAAGUCUUAAAUUGGAAGAGAGGAGAUUGAUAUAUAAUAAAAAUAAAAAAAAUAAAGAACAAUCGUUACACCAUAAUUAUACAAUCAUAUUUAAAAUUCAUUCUUAUACACAAUUUUCAAUACAUUUCUUUCAAAGUUUUUAAAAUUUGAUGUUCAAAAAUGA